AUGUCGGACAAUCGAAAAAAAUCUCGACGUCGUCGAUCGACUGACGAAGUACCUGAAUUAACGCCGAUCGAGAAAUCUAUUGCAAAACACCUUCGUUUUCAAUGUCCAACUAAGAAAGGGAUGCUGAUGGGUAUGCAAGUUGUGUAUUUCAACGGAACAAAAGCUGUGGAAUGUCUUACGGAAUCGAAAUGGUCAUCGAUAAGCACUAAAGCAUUAGCUGGUGAAUCAACUAAAGAUAGUAAACAUCCUGUUUGCUUUUCAUCGAAGCACGAUGCUGUACAGAUGCUCCGCAAAUUUUUGGACAGUGAACUGUUUCGUCGAGUAGUUAAAGUUUAUAAGGAAGACAAGUCUUCCUCUGAGCAAACGUCAUCGAAUACCGCCGGUGAUACAUCUCAAUCCAAUACACCUCGCGCUGUGAGACAACGGAAAGCGAAAACAACUACGGCAGAAUCAGCAACUAAAGACGAAGACACGAAAGAAAAAGAUAAAGCAAAAAAGAAAAAGUUCAAAUUCGAAUUGCACGACGAUCAAUUGUUCGUUGAUUCCCCGAAUGAAUUCUACGUUUGGAUUUACUCUCCAACAACAAUUAAACAAUACGUCAUGGGUGCUUUACUCGUUAUCGGCUGUAUUGGUGUUUGUCUGUUUCCACUAUGGCCUACUGAAGUGCGCACUGGAGUGUAUUAUCUAUCCAUGGUACUGGCCAGUUUGCUUGGUGUCUUGUUAUCCUUGGCUGUUUUUAAAUAUAUUCUAUUUGCCGGUGUUUGGCUUUUGACAUUAGGUAAAAUUAAAUUCUGGUUGUUACCAAAUUUAACCGAAGAUGUGGGAUUUUUCGAAUCAUUUGUUCCAUUAUACACGUUAAAUGCACCGACAAAACAGAAGACGAGCAGAAAAGCAAAUGAGAGCAAGAACGAUAAUGAUAACGACGAUGAGGAAGACAAACCGACGAAUAAAAAGGAAAGUUUAAAUGAAGAUAACAAACAAACGCAAGAACCGAACGUUACCACUCAAGCUGAAAGUGACCACGAUGAUGAAGAAGACAAAGAAAAAUCCAGUAACCGGUCAAGCUCGAUCAGUGAAAGUGAAGAUGGUACUAAACCCGCCAAAUCCUCCGAUGAAGAUUUCGAAGUUCUUUCCAAAGAUGAAUUAGAAACGAAAUAA